AUCAGUUAACCAGCAAGUGUUAAGACAUAUUACGUAUUGCGUAACAUUUAACAGAAUUUUGAUUUUAAACGAAUAAAAAAAAGAAAACUUUAAAAAAAUGUUUAUUAAAUUGUGCUUUGUAUUACUUACUGUGUUGGCUUGUGCUUUGGCUGCUCCUGGCCAUUUAGCGGCAGCUCCUAUUGCUGCCCCCUAUACUGCGCCGGUAGCUGCUGCUGCCUAUACUGCGCCGGUAGCUGCUGCUGCCUAUACUGCGCCGUUAGCUGCUGCUGCCUAUUCUGCUCCUUAUGCUGCUGCCUAUUCUGCUCCAUAUACAGCUGCCUAUACCGCUCCUUAUACUGCUCCCUAUGCCGCUGCUUAUACAGCUCCUUAUGCUGCCGCUUACUCUGCUCCCUAUGCUGCCGCCUUUACAGCUCCUUUAGCCUCCACUUCACAUAGUCAUCGUGUUGAUAUCUACAACAAAUAUAGUCCUGCUGUUGUUGCUGCUCCUGCUAAAUUAAUUGCUUCAGCUCCAGCUGCUUAUGUGGCAUCUCCCUUUGCGGCUCCAGCUGCUGUAGCAGCUGCUCCUGCUAAACUAAUAGCUUCAGCUCCUGCUGCUUAUGUUGCUCCAGCUGCUCCUGCUAAAUUUGUUGCACCUGCACCGGCUAGAUUAGUGGCACCAGCUAUAUAUUGAUUUAUUCACGAUCAUCUUAUGCUGCACCUCAGAUUAUCAUGAUACAUAUGCAUUUCUAUUCAUUCUGUGUAAAUGGCUUUAUUCUUCACGAACACAUUUAAUUAUAGUUUAAGUUUUAAUAAAAAUACAAGAUAUUUGCAAUAAA